GCCUGGCCUAAAAAGGUGACUUUUUUUUGAGAUGACCUUGGUGCCCACCAUCCUGCCUGCCUGCUUAUUCCCCCCUCAGGACCUCCAUGUUCCCAAUGAAGACCGCAUCAAACAGCUGCUGGGGCAGGACGCCUGGACCUCACAGAAGAGUGAGCUGGCAGGUUUCUACCCCCGGCUCAUGGCCAAGUCAGACACAGGCAAGAUUGGUCUCAUCAACCUGGGCAACACGUGCUAUGUCAACAGCAUUCUUCAGGCGUUGUUCAUGGCUUCUGACUUCAGACACUGUGUGCUCCGUUUGACUGAGAACAACUCACAGCCCCUGAUGACCAAGCUGCAAUGGCUUUUUGGCUUUCUAGAGCACAGCCAGCGGCCUGCCAUUUCCCCAGAGAACUUCCUGUCUGCAUCCUGGACGCCCUGGUUUAGCCCCGGCACCCAGCAGGACUGCUCGGAGUAUCUGAAGUACCUGCUGGAUCGGUUGCACGAAGAAGAGAAAACGGGCACAAGGAUCUGCCAGAAACUCAAGCAGUCCAGCUCGCCCUCCCCGCCCGAGGAGCCCCCAGCCCCAGGUUCAACCUCUGUGGAGAAAAUGUUUGGAGGCAAGAUAGUGACUCGGAUCUGCUGUCUCUGUUGCCUCAACGUCUCCUCCCGGGAGGAGGCCUUCACAGACCUCUCUCUUGCCUUUCCUCCUCCUGAGCGCUGCCGCCACCGCCGCCUGGGCUCUGUGAUGCGCCCUGCAGAGGACCUCAGAGCCCGAGAGUUGCCCUCAGCAGCCAGUGCACAGGGGCCAGGCAGGGUGGCUCCUCAGAGGCAAAGGAAACACUGCAUCACAGGGGACGCCCCACCCACCAACCUGGACAUUGAAGGCCUGGACUCCCAGGAAGCUGCGGGGCAGAGCAGUCAGGAGGAAAAGGUAGAAGAGGAAGGGAAGGAGGAGGAAACGAAGAAGGAAGAAGCGAGGGAAGAGGAAAGCACCAGAGGGGAAGAAGCGAGGAAGAAAGAAAAGGAGGUAGGGGAAGAAGAGAAGGUGGAGAAGGAGACAGAAAAGGAGGCAAAGCAGGAAAAGGGGGCAGACAGCCUGGGAGCGGGGACCCACACAGAUACUGCCAUUCCCUCCGGCGAGCAGCCCGGUGGCUCCGAGGGCUCCCGCUCUGUCCUGGACCUGGUCAACUACUUCCUGUCCCCCGAGAAGCUGACAGCUGAGAAUCGCUACUACUGUGAGUCGUGUGGCUCCCUGCAGGAUGCUGAGAAGGUAGUGGAGCUGAGCCAGGGGCCGCGCUACCUCAUUCUCACGCUGCUGCGCUUCUCCUUCGACCUGCGUACCAUGCGGCGCCGCAAGAUCCUAGAUGACGUCUCCAUUCCCCUGCUGCUCCGCUUGCCGCUAGCUGGUGGCCGGGGCCAGGCCUAUGAUCUCUGCAGCGUUGUAGUACACUCUGGAGUGUCUUCAGAGAGUGGUCACUACUACUGCUAUGCCCGUGAGGGCGCUGCCCGCCCUGCCCCUUCUCUGGGAACUGGUGAUAGGCCAGAGCCUGAGAACCAGUGGUACCUGUUCAAUGACACUCGGGUGUCCUUCUCUUCCUUUGAAUCUGUCAGCAACGUCACCUCCUUCUUCCCCAAGGACACAGCCUAUGUGCUGUUUUACCGGCAGCGGCCCAGGGAGGGGCCCGAGGCUGAGUCGGGCUCUCCCAGAGUCCGGACAGAGCCCACCCUGCACAAGGACUUGAUGGAAGCCAUUUCCAAAGACAACAUCCUUUACCUACAGGAGCAGGAGAAGGAGGCCCGGAGCAGGGCGGCCUACAUCUCUGCACUCCCCACAUCUCCACAUUGGGGGAGGGGCUUUGAUGAAGACAAGGAUGAAGAUGAAGGCUCUCCGGGGGGUUGCAAUCCUGCAGGUGGCAAUGGUGGUGACUUCCACAGACUAGUCUUCUGAUGUGAACCUGCUGCCAGCCUGUUCCUGCCACCCGUUCCCUCCAGGAGCAAGGUGGGGUCUGAGAGGGAGGCAGGCCCACUCCUGUAGUAGGCCCUACCAAGAGUAAGCAUGGUACAGGGAUCUCAUGGGAUGUUACUCCUCAGCCUGAAGGGUAAACAGAGGGUCUCAGCUAUGGAAAUGAGACUUAAGACCCUUAAAGAUUUUGCACCCAAGUGUCCUGGUUAACUUGAAGCACCUGAGCUGGGCACACAUGGGUCUUUGCCUUCCCAGCAGGCCCUCCAUGCUGGACUAUCUGACAUCAAGCAGCAUUAUCCUUCUGACUGCUCUAUAACAUAAAGCACAGCAGGACCCAAGCCUUGCACCAAGAAGGGGGUGUGUCACCUCCCCUGGCUGUUUUCUUGUAUGGGGGUGCCUACACUGUCUAUAUAAGAUCAGGUGGUGAAAAAGCAGGGCCCAGGAUUACAGACAGAAUCUGUCCCCCAUACCAAGCACCCAUGCAUGGUGGGGGGGCUAGCUACUCACCGUGGGAGGCCUUUGCCCCCACAUUCCCUCCACCUGCCUCAGUGCCUGAGAUGCCACCACUUGCAUCCCCCUUCUGGUUAAGGUAAAGGUAGAGUCCUUACUUAACUGCAAAGAGGUCUGUGUUCCUCAUGAAGUGUGGGGUCUUCUCCUCAUCUGGCCUUUGCAGCUACAAGAACAGCCGCCUGAGGGUUGGGUAAAGUGCCCUGACACUUCUGUAGUCCCUGCUAAUGGGAGAGAAGAUACACAUGUUCUUAAAUAAAACUACAUUCUCUGAAGCU